CAUUUUUUUGCACUCUACACAUACUUUCUCUUUUUCACACGCAAAUUCACAUUUUUUAUUCAAAUAUUAAUUUCUAGCAGCUGCAUGUAUAAUUGAAUAUUAUUUGAAACUGAUGAUUUGUUUUGGCUCUUUCUCCUCAAAGUCCACAUCUAUAGUUUUCCUAGUAAUUGAAUUGCAAACAAAUUAGGUAAGGAAUAGAGUAGUUGUUACUGUUAAUUUAGAUAAUUAAUGUAUUAAAGUCAGAUUAAAAGUACUGCCAUAAAUUCUUGUUUUUUUCCUAUACUUCGGAUUUCUAAUUCUUGGCACAUACAACUCCCAGCCUUAGUAUUAUUCGAAAAUAAAGCGUAAUUUUCAAUUUCAGAACGGAGUUGUAAAGAUCACCUAAUCCAAUACCACAUUUAGAGUUGAUAAAUAGGCAGAGAGUCUUGAAUUUGCUCAGAUUCAACACAUCGCUUCUUUCAAGAUUCAAUCUUUAAGCCUUAAUGCUUUUAUCAUACCUCAAAUACAGUAGUAGAAUUCAUGACAGAAGCGGAGAAUUAGAAAAUGGGUUGUAAAAAGAUUGAAUUUUGAAGGUAUUUAUGUAGACAAUUGUUCCCGCUUCGCAAAUGGCUGCUUUAGGAAUAUCCAACAUAGAUUUGGAAUGCGACGAAGAGAAAGAGGGAAGCGUGGAGGGCUCUUGCAACUCGCAGUUGUACGACGAUUGCAGCUUCGCCUGUGCCUCGGAGAUUUUGGAAGAUGGGGAUUUGGAAUUUCUGGAUUUAGAGAGCGGGGAGAAAAAGGCAGCGGCGCAGGAGGUUAUUGAGAGAGAUUGCCGGAUUUGUCAUUUGGGUUUGGUGAGCAGCAGCCCUAGCUCUGGGAUUGCCAUUCAAUUGGGGUGCUCCUGCAAGGAUGAUUUAGCUGCUGCUCACAGGCAUUGUGCUGAAACAUGGUUCAAAAUCAAAGGAAACAAGACUUGUGAAAUUUGCAACUCGGUGGCGUGCAACGUUGUUGGUCCUACUGAUAUGGAGGCUGUUCAACAAGUGAGUGAAAGCCACGCAGAUGGUGCAGCUACUGCCACAUCCUUAGCUCCCGCCCCCUCCACUCUAGAAACUCGAACUUGCUUAAAUGGUCAUCGCUUCUUAAAUUUUCUUCUUGCUUGUAUGGUGUUUGCCUUUGUCAUUUCUUGGCUUUUCCAUUUCAACAUCCCGUCGUAAGAUGGUGGGAAACCUGUAAAGACAGAAACCGGGAUUGCAAAUGCCAAAGUUAUAAGUUGAUAGGUGUUGAAGUAGUAGUAGUAGUCUUUCUGCUGCCUUGAGGUCUCCUUUUUUUCAAUAUCUUCUAUCUGAUUCUGGUUGCAGUAUGCAUUCAUGUUUACACAAGUUAAAUUACUGUUUGCAUAUACUAUAAUAGGGGUGCGUUAAAAUACAAACAAUUCUUAUUGCAGAACUACAAACAAUGAACAUUUUACACUCUA